UGUUUUGUACGAAAAACAAUGGUGACUACGAUCAGAAUAACCUGUGAUGGUGUAUUCAUACAAUCCAAUUCGUUUUUAACCUCAACUGUGUCAUCGCCAUCAACUGCUGCUGCAUCAUCGUCAUCUUCAAAUCUAUUAACAACCUCAUCUACAACAACCACACCAUCAUCUUUGGAAGAUACAACAACAUCAUCGGCAUUUCCAUCAACCACCACCAAUUCGUCCAGUGAUAGUCGCACCAUAACACCUGAACAGGAAGAGGAGGAGCAGGAGAAUAGCUUUAAUUCCACAAGCAGUUCGUCAUCAUCAUCAUCGCCAAACAGCCUAACCCUAACCACCAAUGGCAGUGCCAAAGAUCGUUCCGAAUCAAGUAAUUUCAAUUACAACGAAGUGCGAACGGCAGAGGUAUCACAAUUAAGGGAAAAAGAUAACCAAAGAUCAUCCUCCAAUUCUCCCACGGGCUCUAUUGUUUCCACCCUAAAUUCUCGAAAUUUGUCGGGAAGUCCAAGUAAUCGCAGUUCGAAACGACCUCGGACCCCUAAAAAUGAUAAUCGUCGGCGGUAUUAUUUUGGCAGCAACAAGGUCUACUGGUGUAAACAAUCCCUGCUAAACGGAGGCAUACCCGCUUCGCCAAUAUCCCUACAUAACGUUGGCUUACGAAGGGGAGGAAACGAAUCGAAGUUAUCCUCGCGAGUAAAUCUAACACGUAGUGCCAGUUCGGUUACCGAUAAAGAAUUACAACAACAAAAGAAAUAUAACAGCCAGCAAGAAGGUCAUGGUGGAGAAUCGCGUUCUCCUCGACGUGCCGCCCAUAAACUUCUAACAGCCUCGAAUAGCCUGAACUCUUCACCGCUUUGUUCGCACACAAAUCAAAAAUUUAAUCUCAAGGAUUUCUAUACCUUCUCUUCGAGUAAAUUGAAAGCCUCCCCCAACUCACCUGGGGUUAUAUUAGCACCUCCAACAACAAAUAUCUCCUCCACCCACAACAAAAAUUACAAUAAUCGCAAAUCUUCACCCAAAACCAUAUCGGGUGGCACCUCAAUAUUCCUGGUCAAUGGUGGUGGCAGUUCAGGUGGUGGUGUUGGUGGCGCUUUCAGUAUUAGCUCCUCAGCCUAUAAAAAUUCAACGGCCACACCGGGUGAUUCGACACGACUUUUAAGUUUUCUUCGCUCCGCAAGGAAGCUAUAUCGCAACAGUAUUCGUCUGAAUCAUCAACAUUCGCAUCAGAAUCAGUCCAAUUCUCAGCAUCCAGCGUCCACUAACAAUAAAUCUAAUGAAACCGAAAACCAAAGAGAUGAAGUCGAUUCGAUCGCAGCUGGCGUAAAUUCAUCCAAUAAUGUUCCUACCUAUCGGGAUAAAUUAAGGCAGAGUUAUUUAUUCGGCCUUAAAAAUUUCUACAACCAACCAAAUGACAACAACAAUAGUGGCAACAACAACUACAGCGGCAGCAGUAAAGAAAAUCCUACAGUAUUAAGUGAGGAGUGGUUCGCACUUAGAGGAGAGCUACUAACCAAAUACGGUAUGACUUCAUCGAUGUAUUACUCAACAGCCGCUGCAACUGCGAACAAUUCAAGUUCGAAGACGACAGUUAUGAAUAGUCACGCAACUGCAACACAAAACGGCGGACAAACAACAAUCGUUGGUCAUCAUCGGGGUUUCUCACAGCCAACGGUAACGGUGGCAACAUCGAGCACGGGCGGUGAUCCAUGGUUUUUGCAAUCAACCGGGCAUCAAAUGCCACCAACGGCUCCAUUGCGUCAUAAUAAACGUCCAGCGCCACAGCCAGUGACAGCGGCUGCUGGUGGUGGUUUGGGCGGUGGUCCCAAUAAUCCAAAUUCUUUGCUAGCCAAUAACAGUAAUCAACAUCACAAUGCGAUUCACUUGUCCUCGCAUGCACUUAAUAGUCAUAAUUUAAUAACAAAUGCAACAGGUGGUGGUGUUGCUGGCGGUGGAGGCAGCACUAUUCUCGGAGGUGGUGGUGGUGUUAUAAAUGCCGCUGCCAAUCAUUCACCCAAAUCGCCAAAUCAACAUCCAACACAACAGCAGCAGCCACAUCAACAACAACAAUCCCACAAUUUAAUGUCAACAUUUGCUCCCAUCGUUGGUUCGGCAUCGACAGCUUCAUCAGUUACUGCUGCUGCAGUGGCCAGUGUUACACAGCAACAACAACAACAGCAUAUGCAAUUAUUGUCGGCAGCAGCAGCGGCCAAUAAUUGUAACAAUAAUUUAAUGUCAUCUUCAUUGAAUGCAGCUCACAGCAGUGCCAUGUCACUGCACGAACGUGGUCUACCACCCAAAGGUAUGGGUCUGACGGCAAAUGCCGGCGGUGGUAGCAAUAUGUUACUUCAUACGCAACAACAACAACACCCUGCCCAACAACAACAACAGCAGCAGCCGCAUCAUCAGCAGCAACAUCAUGCCAAUCAAACGUCAUUGGUCAUAAAUCCAGUGGUGGGUGGCGGAUCGGGUAUGACAACGUCAUUGCACAGUUUCGAUAUAAAUGGUGCAGCUGUUGUUGGUAAUCCCGUUGCCAAUACACAAUCAUCAUGGGCCACACCAUCAUUGUCACCCACAUCGGGUAUGGCACCCAAUCAUCAUUCAAUUGGUGGUGGUGUUCCACAUGGUCAGCAACCGCACAAAAAAUGUGAGGUUAAAUUGAAUGCAAUGCCUUGGUUCCAUGGCAGCAUUACCCGUGAUGAAGCUGAACACUUGCUACAGCCCCGCGAGGAUGGCCUGUUCUUAGUGCGUGAAUCUACAAAUUUCCCCGGUGACUAUACACUCUGUGUAUGCUUCCAGGGUAAAGUGGAACAUUAUCGUGUCAAAUAUUUGGAAAAUAAGCUAACCAUUGACGAUGAAGAAUAUUUUGAAAAUUUGGGUCAGCUUGUUGCGCACUAUGAAGCCGAUGCCGAUGGCCUGUGUACACAAUUGGUAAAAUGUUUACCUAAACAGGGUAAACAGGAAUACUGUAUCAAUUCAAAAGAUUUCAUCGACAAAGGUUGGGUUAUACCCGAAUCGGAUUUGCAGCUACGCGAAAGCAUAGGCAAAGGUGAAUUUGGUGAUGUAAUGUUGGGUAUAUUGCGCAAUGAGAAGGUGGCUGUAAAAAUGCUUAAAGAUGAGGGAGCUGUACAGAAAUUCUUGGCAGAGGCUUCGGUUAUGACAACACUGGAACAUGAAAAUCUAGUGAAAUUCAUUGGUUUAGUAUUCACUAGUAAACAUCUGUAUUUGGUUACUGAAUAUAUGAGCAAAGGAUCACUGGUUGAUUAUUUAAGAUCGCGGGGACGACAGCAUAUAACUAAAAAGGAUCAAAUCAAUUUUGCUUAUGACACAGCUUCGGGUAUGGAAUAUUUAGAAGCGAAAAAGGUUGUUCAUCGUGAUUUGGCUGCCCGCAAUGUUCUCAUUUCGGAAGACUGCGUUGCCAAGGUAUCUGAUUUUGGUUUGGCCCGCGAAGAAUGCUAUAAUCUGGAUGUCGGGAAAUUGCCAAUUAAAUGGACAGCACCCGAGGCAUUGAAAAAUUGGCGUUUCUCUAAUAAAUCCGAUAUGUGGAGUUUUGGCAUUUUAUUAUGGGAAAUUUAUUCAUUUGGUCGUGUUCCUUAUCCUAGAAUUCCACUAACCGAUGUUGUGAAACAUGUUGAAGUUGGCUAUAAAAUGGAAGCACCCGAAGGUUGCCCACCUGAAAUCUAUGAAAUGAUGAGACAAGCCUGGGACCUAAAUCCUGCCAAACGACCAACAUUUGCUGAAUUAAAAGUGAAACUUUUACAUUUGAAAAACAAUACGGCGUGAAAAUUUAGUUAUUGCCAAUAACGUAACAACAAGAAUAGCAACAACACCACUACCACCUUUUAAAACGAAAAC